GCAAUAUGUGAGAAUUUGGGAGCCGAGUAGGCGACAAUGUUCCUUGCUGAUCUUUGAAAUCCAGCAACGGAUAAGAAAAGAAGAACCUGACCCUCCCAUGGUCCUCUGACCCUGAAAUGGCUUUCACUUUCACUUCGACUUGUGUGAACUUCCCUCACCUUCAAUCCUUUUCUCUGCUUGUCACAUUUAGAGCGCAUCCGAAUUUCUCUUCAUGUUUUGCUCCUCUCAGACCUAAACGAAAUAGAAAACAUUCGUCAUUCAUCAAUGCUUUGUCGAAUUCAGUUGUUGAAUCUGGUAAUGGAGCUGUAAUGACCUCUGAGAAGCCAGAUAGCACUUAUGGAAAACAGUACUUCCCCCUCGCUGCUGUUGUGGGCCAAGAUGCUAUAAAGACUGCUCUUUUGCUUGGAGCCAUUGACCGUGGGAUUGGAGGUAUUGCCAUAUCAGGAAGGCGAGGAACUGCCAAAACUGUAAUGGCACGUGGAUUGCACGCAAUACUACCGCCCAUUGAAGUAGUAGCUGGAUCAAUAGCAAAUGCAGAUCCAUCCUACCCAGAAGAAUGGGAAAAUGGACUUUCUCAACGUGUGGAAUAUGAUUCUGCUGGUAAUAUUAAAACUCAGAUUGUCAAGUCUCCCUUUGUUCAGAUUCCUCUUGGAGUCACAGAAGACAGACUCAUUGGAUCAGUUGAUGUUGAGGAGUCUGUGAAAACAGGAACAACCGUUUUCCAACCUGGCCUGUUGGCAGAAGCUCAUAGAGGUGUUUUAUACGUUGAUGAAAUUAAUCUUUUGGACGAGGGUAUUAGUAAUUUGCUCCUCAAUGCAUUGACUGAAGGAGUUAAUGCUGUUGAAAGAGAGGGAGUAAGUUUCCGACACCCGUGCAGGCCACUUUUGAUUGCCACUUACAACCCAGAAGAGGGUGAUGUGCGGGAACAUUUACUAGAUCGCAUUGCAAUUAACUUGAAUGCAAGUCUUCCAAUGAGCUUUGAAGACCGUGUUGCAGCUGUUGGGAUUGCUACACAGUUUCAGGAAAACAGUAAUGAGAUAUUUAAAAUGGUAGAAGAAGAAACAGAAAAUGCAAAAACUCAGAUCAUUUUGGCUAGAGAGUAUCUAAAGGAUGUUACUAUUGGGAGAGACCAAUUAAAGUACCUUGUUAUGGAAGCUCUACGAGGUGGUUGCCAGGGACACAGAGCUGAGCUAUAUGCUGCCCGUGUUGCAAAGUGCUUGGCUGCUUUAGAGGGACGUGAACAAGUUAACAUCGAGGACCUGAAAAAAGCUGUAGAGCUGGUAAUUCUGCCUCGUUCAAUUCUUAAUGAGAACCCUCCAGAGCAACAAAAUCAGCCGCCUCCCCCUCCUCCUCCUCCACAAAACCAGGAAUCUGGGGAGGAGCAGAAUGAAGAGGAAGAACAAGAGGAUGAAAAUGAUGAAGAGAAUGAACAGCAGCAAGAGCAAAUUCCUGAGGAGUUUAUCUUUGAUGCGGAAGGGGGCUUGGCGGAUGAAAAACUUCUCUUUUUUGCCCAACAAGCACAGAGACGACGUGGGAGGGCUGGAAGAGCAAAAAAUGUCAUAUUUUCAGAGGAUAGAGGUCGAUACAUUAAGCCAAUGCUUCCAAAGGGCCCUGUAAAGAGAUUAGCAGUUGAUGCUACCCUUAGAGCAGCUGCACCAUAUCAGAAGUUACGGAGGGCGAGGGACUCCCAAAAUAGUAGGAAAGUAUUUGUUGAGAAAACUGAUAUGAGAGCAAAGAGAAUGGCACGAAAAGCAGGAGCUUUGGUUAUAUUUGUGGUUGACGCAAGUGGAAGCAUGGCAUUGAACAGGAUGCAGAAUGCCAAAGGUGCCGCACUUAAGUUACUGGCAGAAAGCUAUACAAGCAGAGAUCAGGUGUCUAUUAUUCCCUUCCGGGGGGACUCUGCAGAAGUUCUUCUGCCUCCUUCUAGAUCAAUUGCAAUGGCAAGGAAACGUCUUGAGAGACUUCCUUGUGGUGGAGGGUCACCCCUGGCUCAUGGUCUUACCACGGCUGUCCGGGUCGGUUUAAAUGCAGAGAAAAGUGGUGACGUUGGACGUGUGAUGAUUGUUGCGAUAACUGAUGGUAGAGCCAAUAUAUCAUUAAAAAGGUCAACUAACCCUGAAGCUUCUGAUGCUGAUGCUCCUAGACCUUCAGCUCAGGAAUUGAAGGAUGAAAUCCUUGAGGUGGCUGGUAAGAUAUAUAAAGCUGGAAUGUCACUGCUAGUCAUCGACACAGAAAAUAAGUUUGUCUCAACAGGUUUUGCCAAGGAGAUUGCGAGAGUAGCACAAGGGAAGUAUUAUUAUUUGCCAAAUGCUUCGGAUGCUGUUAUCUCAGCAACAACAAAGGAUGCUUUAUUAGCCUUGAAGAAUUCAUAAAAAUUCCUGAAAAUAAUGUGCCUAGUGCAGGCUCAAUUUUUCCCUCACAUAAUCCUAGUGUAGAUGUUGCGAAAAUCUGUGUUCACUUUUGUAGGAAGGAAGCAUAUUAUAAUGCCGAGUUCUGCUAUGCCCAAUCUACUGUACAUAUUAUGCUUCUUAAAGCUUCUUUUUCCCUCCC